CGCAGAGCGGGCGGUGGGCAGCCCCGAGGCGUGCUCGGUGCGGGAAGCCCGGCUGCUCCCCCGCACACUGCGGCGCCCGCCCUCCCGGCACGACCCCUCCCUCCUGCAUGUGCCGGCGGCUUCGGGAGGCCUCUCGGGCUCUGCUCCCAUUCAAAGACUGUGAGAGCUCGGAGAGCGGGAGAGCGUGGCCCUUGACCUCAUGGAGUAACGGUCGUUGAAGAAAAACAGCCAAAGCUAAAAGUAAUUUGCGGUGAUCUGUGCGGUAGUCAGGGGUGUUACGUAGGAAUUCCGCAGAGUUGUCACAACAAAUACUAGCCCUGCCAGCUCGGCUCUCCCUCGGUCUGCUGUUCAUUCCCAUUUCCUCAGCUUUCCCGUAUGACUUUUGAAUCUUUCCCUUUUGAAUCUUGUAUUGUCCACCUUAAGGACCAGCACCUCUAAGAAGUAUUUGCUACGUCCGCCUGUACACACACACACACACACACGUCGUCUCCCUGCCUCUAAACCGUUAGGGUGUUUGAUACCGCUACCUUACAACUUGUUUAGUCCUUCGGUUUAACGCAUUGAUCAGCAUUUCAGUGUGUGUUCUGUGAAACAUAGCAGAUAUUUAAAUGUUUUUAAUCCACGUGGGUUUUAUGACUUUUUCCCAACUGUUUUUAGAAACUCAAGCACCAUUUGAUUCUUUGGGGCUGUACAUCAGAAUACGGAUUUUCCAGAAGAGCCCUUGAAACUAAGUAGGACGCUUCACAAAGCAGAAGUGGAUUUCCUGGUAAUACAUUUCAUCCCAAAAUGACGACAGAAUCAAAGAAAGCUACAGCUCAGAAACUUCAGGAGAAUGAAGGGCUUCUCAUAGUGAAGAUAGAAGAGGAAGAUUUUGUCUGGAGGCAGGACACUUCCCUCCAGAGAAGCGACCCCUUUAGGCAGGAGUUCUGCCGACAGCUUUUCAGGCAGUUCUGCUACCAAGAUUCCGCUGGGCCCCGAGAGGCCCUGAGCCGGCUGCGGGAGCUCUGCCAUCAGUGGCUGCAGCCCGAGACACACAGCAAGGAGCAGAUCCUCGAGCUGCUGGUGCUGGAGCAGUUCCUGACCAUCCUGCCUGAGGAGCUGCAGGCCUGGGUGCGGGAACAUGGCCCAGAGAAUGGAGAGGACGUGGUCACUCUACUGGAAGAUUUGGAGAGAGGCGCUGAUGAAGCAGUAGUCCAGGUUCCAGUCCAUGCACACAGACAAGAGAUACUCGGGAAGAAGGUGGUGCCUCCUGGACCAGCACUGAGUGUCCAGUUGCAGCCAGUGGACCCCAAGGCCCUUCGUGGUUCUUCAGCACCCCUUCUGCUGGACGGCGAUAAUGAGAGUGAAAACAAUGGAUUCAUGCCAAAGUUGGACAUUUAUGAAAAAAUGGAAUCACAGAGGAUUCUAUCAGGAAGAAUUUCAGGAUUCAUUUCAGAAGGAACUGCUGAGCCUCAAAACAUCUGUAAGUCUGCAGCCAGGCUAAAGAAGCAAUGGGAAAAAGAAGCAGGGGGUGCUCAGAGACCAUCAUCUGCUCAGGAUGGAGGUUUUAGUAAAAUCCUUACCCACAAAAAUACACUCACAGGUAGUAUUAGCCAUGAUGGUUGUGAGAGAAGCUUAAACCUGAAUUCAAGUGAAUUGACACACCAGAAAUCUUGUAAACACAGUACCUAUGACCAAAGUUUCAAAUGGAAUCCAGAUUUUAUUAAGCAUCAAAGAAUUUAUGCUGGAGAGAAAAUUCACCAAUAUGGAACAUCUCUCAAAAGCCCAAACCUUAUUAAACAUGCAGCAAUUUUUAGUGGGGAGAAAACCCACCAGUGUAAUGAAUGUGGGAAAGCUUUCAGACACAGCUCAAAGCUUAUCAGGCAUCAGAGAAUCCACACUGGAGAGAGGCCUUAUGAAUGUAAUGAGUGUGGGAAAGGCUUUGGGGGGAGCUCAGAUCUUAUUAGACACCAGAGAAUUCACACUGGAGAAAGACCCUUUGAAUGCAAAGAAUGUGGGAGAGCAUUCAGCCUGAACUCACAUCUUAUCUUGCAUCAGAGAAUUCACACCAGAGAGAAACCCUAUGAAUGUAGUGAAUGUGGGAAAACCUUCAGAGUGAGUUCACACCUCAUUCGACACCUGAGAAUCCACACUGGAGAGAAACCUUAUGAAUGCAACGAGUGUGGGAGAGCCUUCAGUCAGAGUUCACACCUUCGUCAACACCAAAGAAUUCACAAGAGGGAAAACCUAUAUAAGUGUGAUGAAUGUGGGAGAAGAUUCACUCAAAACUCAAGCCUCAUUAGACAUAAAAGAAUCCACACUGGAGAAAGACCCUAUUCAUGUAAUGUGUGUGGCAAAAGUUUCAUCCAGAGCUCACAGCUUAUUGACCAUCAGAGACUACAUAAUCGGUUAAAACCGUAUCAGUGUGAUGAGUGUGGAAAAGCCUUUUAUUACAGUUCACACCUUGUUCAACAUCAGAGGACCCAUACUGGAGAAAAACCUUUCCAAUGCAGUGAGUGUGGGAAAGCUUUUCACUACAGCUCAGGCCUUGUCCGACACCAAAGGACCCACACAGGAGAGAAGCCGUACCAGUGUGGUGACUGUGGGAAGGCUUUCUGUCUGAGCUCACAUCUGAUUCAGCAUCAGAGAGUCCAUACCGGAGAGAAGCCGUACCAGUGCAGUGAGUGUGGGAAAAGCUUCAGCCAAAGCUCAGGCCUCUUCCAUCACCAGAGAAUCCACAGUGGGGAGAAACCCUAUGAGUGUGACGAGUGUGGGAAGGCCUUCAGUCACAGCUCGGCUCUGGUGGGACACCUGCGCAUCCACAGCGGAGAGAGGCCUUAUGAGUGCGAUGUGUGCGGGAAAGCUUUUAGUUACAGCUCACAUCUUCUGGGACACCGACGAAUCCACACUGGAGAGAAACCCUAUGAGUGUGACGUUUGUGGGAAAGCUUUCCGGCGCAGCUCACACCUCAUUGUACAUCAGCGAGUCCACGCUGGAGAGAAGCCCUGGUGAUUGUUGGUACCAACCAACAAUUCCGCAGAAGGCCAGAAAGGCACAACCAGCAGAGGACGCCACUGUGACAGUGACGUGGGGAAUUCUGUGAUCACCACUGCACUUUGCACGGUCAUUAGAAAAGACUUCUGGAGGCUGAGAUAGGUUAUCACCUGACAGCUUAUCAAACAAGAACAUCCUUCCACAUCUCAAACGUCCUUCUCUGAAGCAGCGGCUCGGGAAGCCUCAGUGAUCCACGAGAUAUGUACUCCACGGACGUAGAGAUGGCAGCGGUCGUAGAGACAGCUGUGUUCCUCUCCCUUCCCUUCUUCCCCCUAUUUUCUUGGGAGUUAGAGUAAUGAUCUUGCGUGAAGUGUGAAUUUAGAGUUAACAUCUCAUCUGCAUUUUAAAAAUCCUGAAUUUUAGGUCAGCUUGAUAAAAAGACAGCAGCCUAUCAAUGAUCUACACUGAAAACAUUGUGGACACAAAACCCCCUCUGUAAUCUGGGAUGAACGACUCGUGUAGGUGGGAAAGUUCAGUGGGACAAGAGGAUGGAUGAUGCACGUUCCAGUGUGACCUUUCACGUCUUCCACCAGAGGUGCCAAACAGGCCAGUGGGAUUUGGGAAAAAUAAUGUGUAUUUUUCCCACAUGGUAUUUUUUCUCA